AAAGAGUCCUGUGAUAGAAUGCAAACUUCAUGGGAUCUCCAGCCUUACAAUCAGCUAGAAUCACCAACACACAGACGUGAUGAAUCGGAUGUCAAGGCAUUUGUGCUGAAUAUGAUCAUACAGCCAUUACACCCUGUGGCAGAGGUCCUGUGGUUUGCAAAGAGUCAACGCCCCUCACUAGAUAUUCAGUUAAUGGAAUCUACUGUUCAAGCUGAACUUCAGAGCCUUUAUAGUGAAAAAAGGCUGGAAGUAGAGAAUGCAAUCAAUGCUGAGAGUAAUCUUGUCCUCUCUGCAGAGCUGUGGAGCUCAAAUGAUGCAAUGUCUUAUCUGACAGUAUCUUGCCAUCUAAUAAAUGAAAACUGGAUGCAGAAAUCCUGUGUGCUAGAUACAGCUCACCUCCUCACUGAGCGUACACCAGAACAUGUCCUACAGCAACUUAUAAGAAUUUCAACUGAGUGGAACAUCACAGAGAAGAUUCAAGUUGUGGUCACAAAUGUUGAUGGCAUAAAAAAGGUCCCCGGGCCAUGUGGAUGGACAUUUAUAUCUUGUUUUGCCCAUACGCUGGAUAAAGUGUUCAAAGAAACAAUAUGUGACUCUGGCUUGAGACAUCUGUUGGAAAAAUGUCAGCAUAUAGUUGCAUUUAUCCACCAAACUAACAAAGCCUCACAAAGUCUCAAAAACCAUUGUUCUCAUCUCAACCUCCAACAAAGUGAACUGAUUCAGAGCACUGAUCUAAGGUGGCUUCCUACACUUCAUAUGCUAAAGAGCAUCUUGGAGAUGUGGCCAGCCAUUUAUAAUGUUUUAGUUGAGAGUGAAGUCUAUGAUCUGCACCUAACUGAAAAUGAAAUAAAAAUUCUGAAUGACAUCAUAGCAGUACUGAAUAUUCUAAAGGGUGUUACACAAAAUUUAGGAAGACAAGAGUACAGCUACAGCCCUAUCUCAUGCAUCAUACCAUUAGUCAAGAAACUGCAGGAGGAAGUGAGAAACCUGGAGAUGAUGGAGAACAGCAUAGCCAAGAUGAUGUCUAAAAAAUGUGACUAUCAUAUUGGUGGCAUUAAGGGAAAUAAUUGGUUCAGAAUUUGCACAGCACUGGACCCACGAUACAAAAACUAUGUGUUGUGGGACCGUGGGGUUGAGGAGGUCAAAACAGAAAUCAUAUCACAAAUGGAAAAGACAAACACUGUGUACAGACAUUAUGAUUCUGGAAAAAUGGUUCUGGAAAGAUACUGUGAUAUAACAAACGUUUCGGAGAAACCACUUGAAUUCUGGAAGACCAGGGCUGAGUUUAAACAACUGGCGACAAUCGCCCGCAAGCACCUCACACUGGUCUCCACGGCAAUUCCAGUGGAAUAUGUGUAUAAACUAGAAAAAUCACAGGCCAUCAACAGGAGAAAGUGGUUGGAGCCAAAAAAUCUUAAUAUGAUAAUGUUUUUGAAAAACAAUUAAUAAGAAAACAUCAACAACAAAAUGUGUAUAUAUGUAUAAUACCGGGGAAUAUACUGUAUUGGCUUACAAACUUGGAUUUAGGUGAUCUCAAGUGAUGUUAUUUUUGUUUCUCAUAAUAUGUUUUUAUAACAUUUGCAGCCAAGCUGAACACAGACCAGGGGCGUUGCUAGACAUAAAGCUCUACUGGGGCACAGGCCCCCAAUUUUUUGCUGACUUUUUUUUUGAAAGCCUGCUGUGUGCAAGUGUGUAACACUUCUAUACAAUGUCAUUUGCUUAACCCACUAUUCUAGUGCAACAGUUACUGCGAAAUAUACAAGUGUUAUCUUCAUCAUACCUAACAUUAUUAACAUGUUUGGAGGCAUAAAUGGCAUAACAUGUUUGGAAAUAAUGACAGCAGAGAAAUAUUUUCUACAUUAUACAAUGAUAGCAAUGAUUAGUAACUUAUUUUUACAAGAAUAUUUUAAGAAACCAGUCAUUUUAUGACUGCUAUACUAAAUAAUCUCAGUCAUAGUUACUGCUGUUAUGUAAUUUUGUGUCCUAGAGUUAAAUAUUAGUAAACUAAAUAUUAAUUUCAUAUCUCAAAAUACAGAACAGUAUAUCACAUACAUCUGUUGAUUUUCUCAGCAACAAUGCAAUUCUAUAGACUUGACAGAGGUUUUCCUGAGAUUUUUCCUCUGUUCGAGACCUGACAGGGUGAGGAGUUCCUCCCUUAAACUCAUCAUCUCUCCUUUCUUCUUCCCUUUCCCUGCUUUGCACAAAACAUUUCUGAUGUCCAUCUACAGAAGCCAAUAAUGAUCGAGUCAAAAUAAGAUUAGGAUUAUGAUUUAGAAACGUACUUUAGUUUCGUUAUGCUUUCAUAACCACUCGCGUGGCGUCACCUUUUGAAUGCGGUUGUGCGCGGUGAACGCAAACGCGCGCGGCCAUGGAUACGUGCGUGCACGCGUAAAUGCAACUGCUUCGUCGCUUUUACAAGCCUAAAUUGGGUAACUACUUUGCAUAAAGUUCCGUUUUUGCCGCGAUUGUCUUUGUAAAGGAAUACACUAGGUAACUGCUAAAAUUUAAACUUGAGAUUUACACCGGGGCACAAAAGAUUUA